AUGGUGAACUCAUGUUUAUGUGAUAGAAAGGCAUCUCGAGCUGAUAAUAUUUCAUUGCACAGAUUUCCAAAAAAUUUGGACGUACGUAUAAAAUGGCUCAAUGCUUGUGGGCUCACUAUUAAUGAUGAUGUAAGGAGAACUAGUAUAUGUUCUAGACAUUUUAAAGCUGAAGAUAUUUGUCAAUCUAAUUUCUUUGGAACUGUUAAAUCUUCAAUAAAACGUAAUGCAGUCCCUACACUUCAUCUUAUAAAUCCAAUUAUUAUUGAUACAAGUAAUAAAUCACAGCCGAAUACACCAUUGUCGGAACUAUUUAAUGAGAAUGGAGUCACCAAUCAAUCAUCAUAUUUUCCUGACAAUAAUGUACUCGAUAUUGUGGAAAAAAGUCCUGAAAAUUUUGUUGAAUUAGACAAUUUUGAAAUUCAAACGUCAAAUAAAAGUAACAUUAAUUCUGAUGGCUCCUGUGAACAAUAUGAUUUAAAUCAGAGUAUGAAAAAUACAAUUUUAAAUUUUAGUAGUGAAGAUGAAAAUACUGUUCCAGGCGAAAAUAAUUCCCCAAGUCAAUGUCGAAAACGUAAAUUUUUCGAGCCCCGCUAUAUUAGUGAAAUAUCACCAACAGAUUUUGCGACACCUAAAAGGGCUAAAAGAACCCUUGAUUUAAUUAAAAAAAGUGAUAGAAGAAAAACGGAAAAAAUAAAACAGUUACAGAGACAAACUAGGUUGACGUUUUGGACGAUUCUGAGCUGAUUGGUGUAACGUUCUCGUAAACAUUAAUUAAUAAAUUUUUUUUUUUCAAAUAUUACGGCUUCGUUGGUGAUAAAAAUUCAUCACCAGCG